AUGAGUCGCUACUACACCAAUAGCGGCGGUAGUAGUACCAAAGCGCUGAAUUUGACCGCCAGUGCCACUUCGAAGAAGAUGACCACGAGACGGCAGGCUGAUCACGAGAGUGGUUUCUAUGAGCAAGGUACCGAUGAGACGCAUUUUGCCGGCUGUCACACCUCUACCAGCAGCGGCGGCAGUGGGAAACGCACACGCCAACCCUCUGCCGAACAAUACAUGAAUGGUGGUCGCAGUAAGCGGCAAAAAGUGAAUAUGGGAAUGCCAAGUGCCGCUCAUAUUGUUGCGCAGGGUCAAAGCAAAUCGCACAGACAGGCUGCACCACUCACAGUUACAACUAAUAGCAAACAAGAGCAGCGUAAUCAAUACUAUGCCAAUAACAAUAACAAUAGUAAACGCUAUUUACCAUCUCAAAUGCCUCCACAACAACAAUCGCAACACCAACAAGUUACCAGCACUUCGGUGUAUAAAAAGACCACAGCUAACAACAAUAAUAAUAACAAUAAUAAUAUAAAUAACAAUAAAAACAAUUACUAUAUACAACUAAGUGCAAAAAUGAACACGUUACCCGUGGCGGAGACUAUCGAAGUGCCUGACAGUAGCGACAGUGAUGAUGAUGAUGUUAAAUCUAAUAGACGAGAGGUAGCUAGUGGAGGUAAUAAAGAACGCUUGGCGAACGGCGGUGGCGCAUCUACCGGAAUACCAACGCUUAUUAUUAGCGGCAGUAGCAGUAGUAAUAGUAACAGUCACUUGAGUGCUACUCAGCAACAGCUUCAAAACAAAUUCAAGUAUGAGCAGCAGCAGCAACAGAGCGCAAAUGGUGCAAGUAGCAGUGGCCAGACAGCAAACAAAAACAGGGAGAGCAACCGCAAGGCUGACGCUCCCAAUAACAGCAACAAUGCCGAAUUGGAGCGUAUACAACGGGAAAUCGAAGAAGUCACCCUCGUCCACACGAAAUGCAAUGCAACGGAAGACGAGAAAGUAAAUUUAUCACAUUUCAAGCUGAUACGUGUUCUUGGAACAGGGG